AAUAGACAUGUAUAUACGCCGUUUCUUAUUUGAUCAAUGUGUCUCGGCUCAUCAUCAACUGUUACAACAGCAAAUGCACAAAUACAGUCCAUACCUAACUGCUUAACCAUUUGAAGACAUUCCAGUCUUCGCUACAAUAAAUGCUGCCAAUCUAUUUCGAAAGCCCGCUCCUCUAUCGGCGUCAACAUGUCCGCGAUUACGGAAGAAGACCAAAAUGAAGACUCGAGCCACCCGAUCGAGACACCUCUAUCUUCGCCAGGGGAGCUGUUGCCAUCCAUUCCAGGUAGGACUCUGCUACCUGGCACGAUAGCGAGCGCGGUUAGUUUCGCAGCGAGGUCGACAUCAUUUGCCAUUCGAGUCGGCACCUUUAUCGGCAGCUAUGGUUUAGGGGCUGCGAAGUUCACCACUCUCUCUAGCUUAGAGUUGAGUCGCGGAAUCUUGGAGGGGAUAUUAAGUAGGGCUGGAAAAGAUGUUAUGUCGAGGACUCGGUCCGAGCUGGGGAGGUCAGAUGCCGAGUCUAUCCUUGAGAAGAGCUUGGAGAGCUUGCAUCAGGCGAUGUCCCAGAUUGUCUUUUGGACCGCGACUAGUUUCCAUAUCACCGACACCACUGUAUCAAGCGCAUCUCAAAUAUCACAACUUUUUCUAUCCGUUUUAGACCAAUUCUUCGGUUCGACCGACUCUUCUAGAGCUAUCGCAAGCAUCAUUACUCUAAUUCGUCGAGAGUUUCAAAAUCCUGCCACCGGUGUACAAGGAGAAAGAGUCGGGGUGAUUGACCUUUUGCUUGGAUUAUGUGGUUUGGCAUAUCUGCAGAAUUGGUGCAGGAAGAUGAUUCAAGACGAGUCCCGUCGGCUUUGCCAAGAGGAGAUCAUCUGGGAUGUUGUCCUUCUUGACGACGACAGGCGAGUGGACGUCGAUGGCGAAGAUUUGCAUAUAUCGCAAGGUGGUAGACAUAGGAGAGAAGGUUCCGGCGGCAACGACAGUAUCAUCGAAGCAAUUGAGCGACAUGGUGCUAGAUUGGAUAGCACUGACGAGGAUGAAUCGCCCGAGACCCGACUCAAACAGCAUAUCAUAAGAUCUCUUCCAAAAGACGCCCAGGUAUCCAUAAAUACUUCGACCACUACGACGAAGACGAUCACCGUGGAUAUCAAAGGUGCUCCACUAGUCCCGAUUUUAUCAUUACCGGGAGUUGACCUCGUAAAAAGCGAAAUACGUUCCAAUGCGCCAGAAGAUCAAGAAGGAUCCAGUUACAGGGUCGUGUAUAAGAUUAGCCGGAACAAGGUGAGAAACACCGCUGCAGAUAGUGACGGCGACGGCACCAAAUCGCGAGUUGAAGCCAUUGAGGAUGGCGAAUCCGAUUCUUCGACCAGCUUUAUUAGCCGCCAAUCCGAUCAACCCCCGCCUGUCCCACCCAAACCUGAUCGUCCCACAUUCGCGUCGGCAGCAAAGCGGAGAGAAAGUAUUACGUACGAUUGCCCGGCUCGUCAUAACAUGAGAAGCCCGUCAGGUAGCGUGAUCUCAUCCAAGGGUCGUAUAUCUCCGCCCAUCUCUUCCAAACAAAGCCCCGAGCAUAUAGCAAAUCAGAAACGCGCCAGAAAGCCGUUAGAUACGCAACCUGCCCCACGAAAUCACGUUUCGGUUUCUGUCUUGCCAACUAGCAGCAAACCCGCAUCCAAAAAGCUUGAGCCGCCGCCUACGGUCAAAGCAAAUGAGAAGAAAGGUGGCAUUCGAGGUGUCCUUAAGAAGAGGUCUAGUUUACUGAACAGGGACUCAAGCUCCGAGAACCUUCAAACUGCCACCAAGUCAAGACCAACUAUAAAACCGCCAUGGGGUAGUAACAAGCCAUCACAGGGCAGGGUUCCUAGUGCAUCAAGGAAAGAGAUGAUUCCAAACAGAUCUUCAAGUCUAUUGUAUCGCGACACUCCUCGAGCAGCACAACGGGGAAGCCCGAACCACUUCACUUCAAAGGAUCUUGGCGAGGCCGGAGGCAUUCCCAGCCUACACGGCCCGCAAUCUCGGACAACGUACGUCUCACUACACGACCGGCGCCGUGAAUCAAUUGUGUCCUUGACAGAUACCUUUUCGGUACACUCAUUCGAAAGCCGACCGUCAUCUCCGGCAUUUCAUAGGAAUGAGCCGGCCAUUCGUAUAUCUCGUCCCGAACCCGGAUCUACUACCGGUGCACAAAAUCCUCCACAGGGCCAUAUAAGAACCCGAUCCGAAAAUCACAGCUUGUAUAGUCCAAGCAUAUAUACGCUUAAGACUAGAGAUUCGCAAGCUUCACUAGCACUGUCCACCUUUCACCAGAAAAGUGCCUACAGCGAUUCAGAAGCCGUAGAUACACUACGAUCAUCGGGUGUGGUUGAAGGAAUGUUCCCCGAGUUUCAUAUUCUAAGAAACAUUACUCGAUAUAGUCGUUAUGCGUCGGCUGCGUAUGGCUCCCAUUUCUUGAAGUUCAUGGGUAUCACGAAGGAAUUGCCUGUCCUGAAAGGAUUGGACGAGACUCAUCGAGACGUACGCUCAUUUGCGCAUCAUACACAGCUCCCGCCGGAUAGCAUCCUAUUAUCCUCAUUUGUUGAUCCACAAGGUGGUUCUGAUUCUACCGGAUCCACUGAUACAGGAAUACCCCUCGUGCAUACUAUUGCCAUUGAUGAAGAGUCUAAGGCUAUUGUUCUGUCUUGCCGUGGUACUCUAGGAUUCGAAGAUGUUCUUGCGGAUAUGAUGUGUGAAUACGAUGACCUCGUUUGGAGAGGAAAGCCGUAUAAGGUCCACAAAGGGAUUCACGCGUCUGCGCGACGACUUCUAUAUGGAGGAGAUGGAAGAGUAUUGGCGACGCUUAAAGAGGCGCUUGAGGAAUUUUCAGAUUAUGGGCUAGUGCUCUGCGGGCACUCACUGGGCGGCGCCGUGACAGCACUGCUCGGAGUUAUGCUUGCCGAACCAAGUUCUACGGGAGCGGGGUUCGUCACUUCUUCUGAACCUCUUCGAAGGUUACUUGCAGACGGGCAAUCCAAACAGGACUCAUCUCAUAUAUGUCUACCGUCGGGUAGACCGAUUCAUGUCUAUGCCUAUGGGCCUCCUUCGACCGUGUCUCCGUCCCUGCAGAAAGCCACAAGGGGAUUGAUAACGAGUACAGUACAUGGGAAUGACCUCGUUCCAUACUUGUCCCUAGGCGUCCUCCACGACUUCCAAGCAUUGGCGCUAGCGUUUAAGACGGACAACAGCGAUGCGAAAGCAGAAGUGCGUCGACGAAUUUGGGUAGGCCUGCAGUCAGGUCUAGCUGAUAAGUGGUAUAACAACGGACCGACACGGUCUACCGAGGAAGAAGACAAGUGGGCUUAUGCUGCGCUCAAGACCUUACGUGCGAGUAUGAUGAGCUCCAAACUACUCCCUCCGGGCGAGGUCUUCGCAAUCGAGACCACGCCAGCCUUAAGACGAGACGCCACUCUCCAGGCCGGCACUGGCCAAGUUGGGCGUCUGGCAACUAGAGUCGUCUUUAAAUACGUCAGAGAUGUCGAGGCUCGGUUUAGAGAAGUCCGAUUCGGUUCAAGCAUGCUCUUAGAUCAUAGUCCCGGACGGUACGAAGAUGCUCUCCGGCGGCUCACAUUUGGCGUUGUGGAAGUUUAAAGUAUUAUUCUUAGAAUGACGAUCAUUGGAUAUCCCCUUUUUCAUACAGCGAAGAUACCUGCCACGAUAAAAAUUGGUAAUGUAGAUAGAUGAAAUAUUACGUCUCAAAGACGAGCAGUAUAUAUUGGAACCUAUUAUGACAAUUAGAUAGAGCUAGUAUUUAAUGCGAUUAUGUCUAACUUUCAACAAUAUUGCGAGUAAUGUCGUGAUACACAUGUGGAUUGAGUUGCAUUAAGCACUAAGGUCUAAGAGCACUAGGAACUAGCUAGGCAGGGAAGGUAUGCC